AUGCCACAAACACAUCACUACAUUCGCAUCGACGUUUCGCCCCCGACGUCCGAUGCCCUCGCCCUCCGGAAGCUCAUCCAGGACGCGGCGGCCUCUACCUCGGGCCUGGUUCACUCUUCUCAUGUCGACGUUCUCUGGGUCGCCGACAGUGGCGAUCACGCGGUCCUUCGUACCAACCCUUUAGAAGCCCAGCAGAUCAUGGCAGCGAUUGCCCUGACACCCCUGAGCCAGAACGCGUCCUCGACCCGGCUGUCGGUCGCGAAGGACUCGCCAUUCCUUCCAUCCCUCCUCGUGACGGGAACGGAUCUAUAA